AUGACCAUCUCUACUCCCCUCAUCACAGUCUUCGGCGCCACUGGCAACCAAGGCGGAGCCGUUGCCAGAUCGCUCCUCAGAAACCCAUCCUUCAAGGUUCGAGCUCUCACUCGGAAUCCCAGUUCGGAUGCAAGCCAGGCACUGGCUGCUCAGGAAGCACAAAUCCACCAAGCAGAUGGUUUCAGCAGUGAGUCCAUGUUGGAAGCCUUCCGUGGCUCCUGGGGAGUUUUUGUGAAUAUCAACUCGGAUGAUAAGGUAUGUCAAUGGCUGGAGUUUCCUGCGGAUGUGUAUUUGAUUGCCCACGCUCACAAGGUCCUCUCACUCCAGGCCUUCAAACCGGAUGGUCCCACAGAAUUCGACAUGGGCAAGACGAUCGUGGACGCAGCAGCCCAAGCCGGAGUGCGUCAUUUCAUCUUCAGCACUGGUCCAGACAGCCACAAGCUUACCGGGGGGAAGGUCAAAAUGAGUGCCGGAGACAUGAAGUACAAGAUUGAGCAAUACGCCCGUAGUGUUGACCGCUUCGAAACCGCCAGCUUCAUCUGCGCUGCCUGGUUCCUCGAAAACUUCCUGUCAAAGGAGGUUGCAGCCAUAUUCGGUGGUUUCCCCCACCUGCCAGAUUCCGAGGGGUAUCUCACUUUUGUUGCUCCCAAAUGGGGCGGGAAGGAGGACGUCCCCUUCAUCAGCAUGUCCGAUGACUUUGGGGACAUUGUGCAGGGCAUGUUCCUUGAUCCUGCUCAGUGGCACGGCCACGUCAUCCACGGCUGCAGUGAUAUCUGCAGCUUUGAGGAUGUUGUAUCUGGUUUUGAGAAACUGAGCGGACGGAAAUCCCGCUUCCAGCCGCUGCCAUCCUGGGAGGACUUUGAUACCCACGGGAUCCCAGAGUUGGAGGACACAAAAAUGAUGUUUGGGUUCACGCAGAACAACCAGGGACGAUACUUUGGCCCUGAACCGUCUGAGAAGGACACUGCUGGUAAACUCAAGCUGGCGACUGCAUUGGCGCUGGGGCGGCCCAAGGAGGAACAGAAGUUGAUGACGGUUGAGGAAUGGUUCCGAAAGCACUUUCAGUUUCAGUAG